AUAUCUGCAUAAAAAAUCUUUUACAUCAAACGGAAAUCCAUAAUACAUAUAUAUGUAUUACAAAUACUAGGACCCAUUUAGAUGAAACAUGUUCAAAUAGUGUUCAAGAUAUUUAAAAAGAUAUAUAAAGAACGAAAAAGGAAGAAAAAGGAGUAACAUAUAUUAUUCAUAAAUAACAAACAUCAAAUGAUACCUGUUCUGGACUAACCAUUAAUAAAUUCAAAAAAAUCAUCUUAAAAAUAUUAAAUAACGGAGUAAAAACCAACAAUAGAAAAAUAAAAACAGAGUACAAUUAAGAUGGAGAGAAAAAAAGGGGUAGAAAUAUUUCAUCAACAGACCAAGGCUCUCAACAUAUUGUGUCCCAGCCCAAAUGUCUCCUCUAUCAAAAACAGUACCUUAGAAGAUAGUUUCAUAAAAAACAAAGGGAGCAAUCAAAAGGACACCACAUAUCAAGAUUGUUAUUCUAUUCCAAACGGACAAUUGAUAACUUCUGAUUUCUACAACAACCAUGAAGAACCAACCAAACAAAUUCCUGAGCCUAACCAGUCAAACAAUUCUUUAAUAAUUUCUCUAAGUCAAUUAUGUGACCCUUCCAUAUCCAGUUUCGACAGUGAUUGUUAUAUAAUAAACUCAGGAGUUGAAACUGCUCUGACCGUUAUAAAGGAAAUAGAGAAAGAAAACAAAUUAAAACAAACGAAAAAAUCCAGGAACAAUUGUGAAUUCUUUGAACAAAAAGAAAAAGAAAAUUUAAAUUCAACAACACCUGAUAUAACAGAAUUAUUAAACAUAUUAGAGACAAAUAAAAAAACUCAAAACCUAUUCAUAGAAAAUACAAAGGAAGAAAAUAAUUACACAAGUACUGAUGAGUAUUCCUACUUUGAAAAAAAUGUUAAUUUUAAUUCAACAUCCAUCGAAAUUGAAAAAGGAAUUGAAUCAAAUACAGAAAAGAAUGAAAAGGAUAUAAUUAAUUUUAAACAGAGAAGACCAAAAGUUUUGAAGCUCGCUGAUGAGUCCUCCCUGGCAAGAGGCGAAAGCGCUCCGGGCAGCCAUGUAUUUAUUGUAGUUGUUAGUAGUUGA